AUGGGGAAAAUAGAUAAUUUGACAACUGUCCAAGAAUUUAUCCUGGAGGGAUUUCCUGCUGUCCAACAUCUGGGGAAACCCCUCUUCAUGGUCCACUUGCUUUUGUACUUAGUGUCCAUCAUGGGAAGUAUUGUCAUUAUCACCAUCACAUGGUCUGACCACUGCCUCCAAACACCAAUGUAUUUUUUCCUAAGUAACUUCUCGUUCCUUGAAAGCUGCUUUAUAACAACUGUUAUUCCCAAACUACUAGCAAUCUUUCUUUCAGGAAUGCAAACAAUUUCCUUUGCUGCCUGCCUCACCCAAACUUUUUUCUUUCUAUUUUUGGGGUCAACAUGCUUCUUCCUUUUGGCUGUGAUGUCCCUGGAUAGGUAUAUGGCAAUCUGUAACCCUCUGCAUUACCACAACAUCAUGAACAUGAAGGUUUGUUUCCUCUUAGUCUUAUCCUGCUAUCUUUUGGGUUUCAUGUUAAUCAUUGGUCUAAUCCUAAUGGUCUCUCAGUUAUCUUUCUGUGACUUUAAUGUCAUCAACCAUUUCUUCUGUGACCUUGGUCCUCUGGUGCAUCUUUCAUGUUCUGACACCAGUACUGUUGAAUCAUUAUCCUUUCUUCUUUCAGUAGUUACUAUUCUGUCUUCCCUCACAAUAACAAUCAUAUCAUAUACCCAUAUAAUAACUACCAUAGUUCAUCUCCCAUCUGCCAAAGAGAGACAGAAAGCCUUUUCCACCUGUUCUUCCCACCUCAUUGUCCUAGUUCUGACAUAUGGAAGUUGUGUUUUUAUAUAUGUGAAACCAAAGCAGGCUGAUAGACUAGAAGCUAAUAAAGAGGCUGCCCUUGUGAACACUGUAAUCACCCCUUUGCUGAAUCCUUUCAUUUAUACACUACGGAAUAAGCAAGUCCAAAAGGCCUUGAGAGAUGCUCUAUAUAGAAAGAAACCUAUGAAAUAAAGUAAUUUCAGAGUUGGAAAGGAACUUAAAGUCAUCUAAGACAAGCUGUUAUAGGACUCCUUUCCUCGCUUCACAUUGUUUGGCAAAUGAUCUCCCAUACUUUUCCUGGAAACUUUAAGUGAAAAAGAUCUCCCUAAAUGACUAUUUACAUUUUGAGAUUAUUUUAAAUCCUUAGAAUAUUCUUUAUGUCAAAUCAAAAUGUACCUUUACUGACCUUUCAUUUACUUUGAAAUCUGACUUCAGAAUCUAUUUUGAAUAAGUGUUAUUCUUCUAUAUGAAAGCCCAUUUAUUGAUUAAAUAAUCUUCCUUUUUUAAAGUUAGACAACUAACUUAUACAUU